UGCCAAGCUGGCAGCCAUUGUGGCAUCUGUGCCUGCAAUUGGAGCGUCAGAGCACGCACGCAUACAGCGCUUACCACCUGCAGCAAGUACGCCAAGCGCAUCGUGCUACAACGAGAGCAGUACACACGGAGAGCACAAUCCAAAAAGCCUCUCCGGUGAGAAAACAACGAUGCUGCGCCAAGCGCUGAACCGCACGAGUCGCGCAUUCAGCAGUCUCGACGCCUCGAAGCUUAAAAUAGAGCGCUGCGCCACACCCGCGCAACCGCCAGCGAACGAAGCACUCGUCGGCCAGUGGGGCCGCAUCUUCUCGCCCCACAUGCUUCGCGUGGACUGGACCGCCAGCGACGGCUGGAGCGCACCGAGAAUCCAGCCCCACGGACCCCUCCAAUUGUCCCCGGCGGCGAUGACGCUCCACUACGCGCUGCAAUGCUUCGAAGGGAUGAAGGCCUACCGCGGCGACGACGACGCGAUACGACUAUUCAGACCAGAUUUAAAUGCGAGGCGCAUGACCUCGUCCCUCCAACGGCUGGCGAUGCCGACGUUUGACGAGACGGCAUUUGUUGAAUUACUCAAGCGCUAUGUAGAGGUGGAGCAAGAGUGGGUCCCUAGGGGCGAAGGUCAUUCGAUGUACUUGAGGCCGACCUGUGUGGCCACGGACCCGUUUUUGGGGGUGGGCGUGCCGCAGGAGGCGACGCUGUAUGUGAUUGCGUCUCCGGUGGGGCCCUACUUUCCCGUGCGCGGUCGGCGUCCGUCCUCGAAGCGUCUGCUCGAAGGCGUGGAGGGUCAUCGGUUCUCUUCGACGACGGCGUCGCGUCGAUGGCGUGCUGGCGCCAUAACCACGCCAUCGCCGCGACAAUAUUGUAAGACACUCGACGCGACGCCCCGCGCAGGACGGCUUCAAGCCGAUAACGGUCGUCGCCGAUACGGUGAAUGUGCGGGCGUGGCCCGGCGGCGCCGGCGAUACUAAAAUAGGGGGCAACUACGCCCCCACCAUAAAACCGGUGCUGGACGCCGCGGCCCAGACGGACGGGCGGGCCCAGCAGGUCCUGUUCCUGUUCGGCGACGACCACCGCGUGACGGAGGUCGGGAGCAUGAACGUCUUUGUGGUCCUGCGGACUGCAUCAGGUGUUGAGCUCGUGACGGCGCCGUUAAGUGGCGACAUCCUGCCGGGCGUGACGCGGCGGUCUAUAUUAGAUUUGGCGCGGGCCGAUCCCGCGUCGGUAGGUGUGGACGUCGUGUCGGAGCGUGUUUUUACGAUGCCCGAGGUGGUCGCGGCGUCUCGCGAAGGCAGGCUGCUCGAGGUCUUCGGCGCCGGCACCGCGGCCGUCGUCUGCCCCGUGCGCGAGGUCGUCUACCAGGGUUCGUCCAUCGACGUGCCCACCGGCGGCGGCGCGGGCCCCGUCGCGAGCGAGCUCUGGCGGCGCCUCUCGGACGCGCACUACGGCCGGGACGCGUCCGGCUGGGCCGUAGCUAUUUAAGUUGUUAAUAA